UGCUGGAGAGCAGAGACCCAGGCAGGUAGUGCCACCGAUCCUUCCGUGGGCCCUCAUCCUCAUGGUCCCCUGCAUGAGGAUAGGAUGUCGCCACAGCAGUGAGGCGGUUAGUGUGCAGCCUUUCCUGGUCUGAGGUCCAGAGCCACCCCACUGGUCUCUCCCUCCACAGUCUACUGAAGAAGAUAAGGAAACUGAGACACAGAAGGUGCUUCCAUCAACCAAGGAUGAUUGGGGUGGUAGGUUGGGACCUCCAAUAAGACCUUUUCUCUUGUGUCCUGUUCCUGGCCGUGCUCUCAUUUGCCCCCGUGCCUCCUUACACUGUCCAGACUGUAUUUGGGGAGCUAGCAUCAAACAGCAAAAAGAUCCCUGGGUUUGAAUCCCGACUCCGUCAGGUAUCAUGUCUGUGAUUGCUUUCUUCUUCCUCCUGACCCUGCAGCCUCAUGGGUAUGGGCAGCCCACCGGGGCCAGCCAGACCCCGUGGACAAGGGGUAAAGCGUGGGAGGCCAGAGAGCUCUUGGUCGACCGAACCAAGAGAAGUUUCCCUGACGACGACGACGACAGUGAUUAUGAAAUUUAUCAGACCCCAACACCAGAGCUGAUGCACAGAGUCAAUUUAACUACGUUGUCACUAGUCACGGCACAAGGAACGCACCAGGGUUCCACGAGUGUACCUGUAUCCGUGGACUUGGUCAAAAGUGAACCCACCACACAUGAGACCACUAAAGGGAAGCUGGCCACGGAGGAGUUGACUAUGGAAGCUACGGAUAGGAGUACCAUGAAUCCCACCGUACCUACUUCAGGUUUGCCCUCCACAGGGCAGCAGACCACGCAUGACCUCACAACGGAGAAAGUGGUUACGGAUGUGCCAGAAAUCGUUGUCUCUACCACGGUGGAGUCAACUUCCAAGGCCACAAGUCCAGGACAGCAGUUCAUCCAUAACUCCACUGCAGGCGACGUCAGCACAGAUACAAUGGCUAUCUCUACCACGGGGAAAUCGGCCACAGACCCAUCAGCCACGGUCACCCUGGCUUUGGACACAGACAAGGCAGAGACUCUAACCCCUACCGUGGGGCAGCUGGUCACAGAUUCUGCUACCACAAGGGAGCCACCCACCAGCCUCCCAGGAGAGCUCAAACCUAACCACAGCAGCCCAGCUUCCUCUUUAAAUGAUUCGGCCCUUUUUUUCACUACCGUUCACCCCCUACACAAUUUUUCUACCACUUUCUCCCCACCUUCCUCAUCUGAUGCACGUUCAGAUCCUCCUAAGCCCAAGGUAGCCACUGGGCAGAUUGGACUGUCCAACACCACUGCCCUGGUGGUUAUGGCCACCACCACCCACCUGCUCUUCUCUGACCAAAUCCCAGUGAGGCAGUGUCUGCUGGCCGUCCUCGUCUUGGCCGUCAUUGCCACCAUCUUCCUGAUCUGCACUGUGGUGCUGGCCGUCCGCCUCUCCAGGAAGGGCCACACUUACCCAGUUCGGGAUUACUCUCCCACUGAGAUGGUUUGCAUCUCCUCCCUGAUGGCUGAGGGUGAGGCACCACCCAUGGCCAAUGGGGGCCCAGUGAGUGCCAAGACACAGCUUCUAAAGCCUACCCAAGGCCCUGGGGACGACUGCGAUGGGGAUGAUCUGACCCUUCACAGCUUCCUCCCAUAAUCCUCACUGACCCACCCUGCCUCUGUGGAAAUGCCCUGAAAGGGAUCAGACAAAGGUGGGCCCUGUGCCCGGGAGAGAUGGGCAUGGGAAUUCUGAAUACUUGGCCCCAGGGAGGCUGAGAGGAACUAAAUGGAAAGUUUACUUGAAGCUUCUCAUUCUCCUUGGUUGUAAAGAUGGAGUCCUAGGACCUGAGUUCAAAUUCUGGCUGUGCUACUUACCUCUUGUGUGACUUCAGCACAUCUCUUCCCCUCCUUGGGCCUCGGUUUUCUCAUGUGUAAAAAGAGAGUAAUUGGACUAGAUAACAUCUCUAAGGUUGCUUCCAGCUCUUAAAUAUGAUCCAUAGACAAGGAAAGCUCUGGUAGGGGGUGGGGAAGAGGAGGAGGCAUUCCCUGAAAUACGUUACUAAGAGAACUGAGUUCCAUAACAGCAGAACAUUAUGAACUUGGCGGGGGGGGGGGGGGGUCAUGAUGAACAGGGAAAUGAGAAAAUGCCUCUCCUGUGUAUAUCUAUGUGUUUGAAAAGGUAUUUCUAUUUACGCCAAUACUUCAAGGAUCUGUGCUUCUGCUGAGGAGAAUAUGCCUUCCUCCAGUGCUGAUUGCAAUCCCUCCGUAACUUACUAGUUGUUCUCAGAGAGUUACUGGACGUGAAAAACUCUAUCUUGUAGCUGGCCUGGGGAUGAGUGAAUCUGAACUUUGCUGGGCUGGUCCUCGGACAUGGACGUUCCAUCUACUCCUGAGACCUUUGUAGAAUCUGCCUAAGCUUUCUCUCCUCCGGCAUCAUCUUUAAGAGCCUAAGGUCACCUCCUGGCCACAGAGACAGGACAGACUCAGGCUGCACUGGGCCCCCAGGUCUACUCUGGGCUGCGUGUGCACGUGCACGUUUACACUCAUACUCACAUACACACACACACACACACAUAUACACACUCACACUCACACAUACACUCAUACACACACACACUCUCUCACACACUGACACAACACACUCACACACUCACACACACAUCUUUAGCUGUCCUUCAAACAAGACAAGCCAUCUCUAGACUGAGCAUGUGCAUUGUCUCUCCCCUACAUCUGGAAUACUCUUGCUUCUCAUCCCCACCCCCUCUUUUCCUUUAAGCCCUAGCUAAAAUCUCACCUUCUACAAGAAGUCUUUCCCAUAUUGCCCUAACCUUAGUGCCUUUCCUCUUAAUUAUGUCGUUUGUCCUGUCCAUCUCUAUCUUGUUUGUACAUAGCUGUUUUCAUGCUGUUUCCCAGAUUAGACUGUGAACAGGUACUGGUUUUUGCCUUUCUUUGUAUCCCCAGAGCUUAGCACAGUGCCUGGCACUUAGUAGGGGCUUAAUUUAAUGAAGGCUAGUUGACUGACAAACACACACACACACACACAAACACACAGCAAGAACAAGGCCUGUUGUUCCAAGGCUGGUUCUCAGCGCCCUCCCCAUCUGAUUCCCUGCUGUGAUUCUUUGCUCAUAAGCCAGAAGAGACCAUCCAAAUCCACUGGAAUUCAUGAGUCUCUGGAAAGGCUGAAAGUCAAAAAACUUAAGUUUACUUCCUAUUUCUGCCACUUAUGACCUGUGUGACCUUAGUCAAGUCACUAACUUCUCUGACCUUUUCUUUCCUCAUCUGUAAAAUGAGGGAGAUGAGCUCCAUGGCUUCUGAGGUGCCUGAGCCAGGAUGCUUCUCAAUUUUCCAGCCAGGUGGCAGCUUUGUUGAAUAGAGACCUCAGUCCAGGGGGUGGGGAGAUGGCAGAAGUCCUGGCCUCAGGAUUAAGGGGUCCAUCAGCUUCCCAGACUUCCAAAGGGUCCCUGAUACAAACACAGGUGACAAACGCCUAGGCUAUGAUAAGAUGCUGAUUCCUCAGUCCAGUGUUCGAAACCCUCCAUGAUCUGAUUCCUGCCUACUUGUCCAGCCUGAUUUCAUGCUAUAUUCCAAUUGAACUGGACCACCCACUGUUCCCCAAACUUGCUGUUCUGUCUCUUACGUCUGUGAACUCGUCCAAGUCUUUCCCCAUGCCUGGAGUACCCUCCCUCCUCAUCUCCAUCUCUCAGAAACCUGCCUGCCUUCAAGGCUCAUCUCAGGAGCCAACUCCUCCAUGAAACCUCUCCAGAUCUCCUGUUAGUGAUUUCGCCUUCCCCCAAUUCUCUCCUGCUAGAGAUUAAUGUAUCAGCAAAUAUUUCCUUAGGUACAGAUUAUUUCCCCCUCAUAGAAUGUAAGCUCCUUGAGGGCAGGAUGAUUUCACUAAUUUGUCUUUGUAGUACUGGUGCCUUGUACAUAGUAGGUGCUUACUGUUGGUCUAAUUGAAUUGAUGACAGUAAAAAUGUUCACCCCCUCCUCUGCCCUAUUUACUUCAUUCUAUCAAGUCUCCAAGUGGCUCAGUCUUACAGGGAGCUGACAAUCUCUCUUUUUUUCCCACUGGGCCUAGGUGGUGGGGUGGUCCUCCUAUGAUAAUCUCCAAGGAGCCUUGAAUGAUGCCUUGGGCUUUUAGUUGGCAAGAAGAAGGAACCAAAUAUUUUAUCUUUUCUAUACUGGAGUAUGUGAUUGUAUAUAUGCACAGAGGUGCCCAGUGGUGACAAUAAAGACUUGUUCUUCUCUUAUUAA